AUGGCGGCCGUCGCGGCCGAAGCCUCGAGCAUGGACGACGACCCGGGCCUCACCCAGGCCGCUGCCGCCUUGCAGCUGGCUGGAGUCGGCACGCCGCCAGGACUUGCUCCCAACGCAGCUGCUGGAGCGGCGGGCGCGGCGCCGGCGGUCGUAGGACGGGACCCGGGAGUUGCUGGCAGGGACGUAUCGGUUGAUGCGUUCGUCCAGCUUGUGGAGGUUGAGCUGAUGAAGAAUUUCGACGUGAUUCAUGCUCAAGCCCAGCGGCCGACGGUGGAGGGCGCGGUGCUGGCCGCGGCGCGGCGCGCGUGGGGCGAGGACCCCGCCCUCGCGGUGGCUGCGCGCGGCGCGCGGACGGAGCGCGGCCUCCACGCCGCGGAGAACGUGCUGGUGCUCACGGCCAGCGCGAGGCCCGGCCGCCGCGACGCAGGUCUGGCUCCUGGCGGCGCCGGCCACGCAGCUCGCGGCGCCCGCCGUCUUCGGGCGGGUCCACGAGGCGGCCCCUCCGGGUGCCAAGGGCUCUGGCUGGGGCCCGUGCGCGGGGGCGCCACGCGGGCGGACCUCGUGGCCCUGCUGGCCGGCGUGGGCGUGCGCCUCGCUGAGGCCGACGUCGAGCUGGAGGCGGGCAAGGGCCAGGCGGUGCUGCGGAUGCCAGCGGCCUCCGCCGUCCGCGCGGCGAGGGAACUCCACGGCACCGAGUUCAUGGCGCAGCGGGUCGCGGCCAUGCCCGCGGCGGAGGCGCACGCCAAGCUCCGCGUGCAGAAGCGCGUUCGCCUCGCCCUGAAGGCCAUCCGGGGGGGCCAGUGGGGGCUGCGGUCGUUCCACAACUUCGUGGAGGGCGGCAGGCCCGGGGCCCCGCACGCCCUGAGGAGGCUGCAGUGCUGCACCAACAGGAGCUUCACGGAGGACCUGCGCCGGCCCGCGAGGCAAGUCGAUGCGGGGCCAGGCUCAGCAGCGUCCAGCCGAUCCCCUACAUCCCCAUCAGUUCGGC